ACAACCUGCUGGCUGGGUUUGAAUAUGCAGGGAUUUGACUAUUUAUUUAAUGACUUGGUGCAGGAUCUAAAUAGAUUUAUUGAUGAGAAGAGUGAAAGCAGAGGAGAAAAAAUUUAGCGGACUUACAAGAUACUAAAAGAGCACAAGAAUCCCAAGGUUCUUAGCGAGGGGCUACUGUGGAUGGUUUCAGCAGUGGAAGAUUUUGGCAUCUCACAUUUGAAACUUAAGGAUUUAAUUGAUUUUUGUAAAGAUACUGGACUGCAGUCAAGUGCAGCUGCUACUAGAAUUUUUUCUGUCAAGCUUUUGGGUGUUUUGCAUAAAUUUGUCGGCCCAGAUAUUAAAGGGUUUCUUUCUGAUGUUAAACCUGCACUUCUUAGUGCACUGGAUAUGGAGUAUGAGAAGAAUCCAUUUGAGGAUAAAUCAUCAGAUGUUCGUAAAGCAGCAGAGACAUGCAUUGCUGAAAUCUUGAUAGUUUGUACACAAGAAACUGUUGAGAAGCUUGUUAGGGAUGUUCAGGACCAGCUUUAGCUCUUGUUCAUGACGUUUGAAGCAUUAUGGUAAUUUUCAAGAAUCUUUUGAAUCUGCCAAAACAAUUUCGGCCCCUGCAUCCAAGACCCUUUCGAAAGUGGGUAAAUCCACUUCUAAUGGUGUUUUGAAGCAUGGAAGCAAAGUAGCAUCUUCUGUAUGUUUCCUUAAAUGCUUACUUCUAGUUCUUUUAUAACUUAUAAUUU